AUGAAGUCCAAGAGUAUCAUGGCCGCUUCAGCAAUGCUGGAGCUUGCACUUGCCCAAGCUUCUGCUGAUCCUCUUUGCUCAACCGUCAUCAAUCUUCAGCCCAUUGAAUAUCAGUUCCAGCAGCCUAUCCUCAUCGACUCCUACUUCCCUGCAAACACCGACAUUAUCCUUGAUGAUGGCCUUGUUGUGCAUGUCACCAAUGCUCCCACGUCUUUAAGCACUGUCCUGACUGAUGUCUCGACAAGCUUGACAACGCUGACAAGCGCUACCAACGGCAACGGCAACGGCUCUCCUCCAGAUGGAGGCUACCUCACCUUUACUGUUCCUGCGAACCCUGAUGAUAUUGGCAAUCACCCUGUCACCAAGACCUAUCCCCCAACUAAGCCUGGCGAGCCAGGUAUCGUAAUCAUUCAAGUCCCAACAUCUCCUCCUGGAGCCAAUGGGGUCCCUCUCUCUUCUAUUCCAUAUGUCACGGUCACUACUACUGGAGACUUCCCUUCUCUUACCGGCCCUUCCACUACUACCAUCACUCCUGAUGAGCCGGGAGCAACCGGUAGUGUCAUUAUUGAGGUCCCAAACACAACCAAUACAUCGCCUUCUGCAUCUUACAUCACAGUCACUACUCCAGGAGACCUUUCUCCCACGGAUGAUCCUCGCACAAGCACUAUUCCUCCCAGUAAUCCUACUGAUCCUGGCACUGUUAUUGUUGUCGUCCCCAGCUCCCAGGUUCCAUCGCCCUCUUCUGUGCCCUUUAUCACUCUUACCACCACUGGUAGUACCCUUAACCCAACAGACAAUCCAGUUACGUCAACUAUCUCCCCAUCUGGACCAACUGGUCCAGGCACUGUUAUUAUUAUUGUGCCAAGCUCACAGGCGUCGUCUGUCUCCUCAAUCCCAUUCGUCACUGUUACCACCACUGGCAAUACCCUCAACCCAACAGACGACCCCAUUACGUCGACUAUUUCCCCAUCUGGGUCGACAGGUUCCGGAACUGUCAUAGUCGAGGUUCCGCCUUCCAGUUCCUCCGCUGGAUCUGUCUCAUCGUCUUCUUCUAUACCUUUUAUCACUGUGACCACCACUGGUAGCACCCUCAACCCAACGGAUGAUCCAGUUACUUCAACUAUUUCCCCUUCUGCGUCAACAGGCUCCGGAACUGUUAUCGUGGAGGUUCCACCUUCAAGUUCUCCUGCGGGACCUGACUCAUCUUCCACUGCCGCCUCGUUUGUUACCCGCACUGUAACUGGGGAUGAUGGCAAUGGCGAGCCCUCUACAACUACCAUUAGCCCUACCGCAAGCUCUGGUCCAGCGACCGUUAUUGUCGAAGUCCCGCCUACGACCAAUAGUCCGUCACCUACUUCACCCGGUGACAGCAGCUCCGGAGGUCCUGGUUCAUCUGGACCCAGCAGCUCCGCUACUCAGGGACCUAGCGAUAGCGCCACUCCAUCUAGUAGCUCUAGUGGUACUGGACCAUCAUCCUCUGAUGCCGGGACGUCUAGUGCCAGCCAGGUGACGACCAAUGACGCUGCUUCGAGCACCUCAGCUAGUGCACCAGCAAGCAGUUCAUCGGUAUCAUCCAACACGCAGUCUGACGCGCCAUCCAGUACUGGUGCAGAGACUAGUAGCCCUACGACUUCUCCUGCCACCUCCCCUGCUGAUUCUUCUUCCGCUCCAACGAGAGACGCAGACACCAGCUCCUCCGCCAACCCCGCCACCUCUAGCCCUGCUUCGUCAGCGGCUACCUCUGCCCCAGGCUCCUCCACAGAGUCCGCUCCCAGCUCAUCCACCAGCGCUGCGGCCGCCAACUUUGAUCCUUGCCCCGACAGUCUCUAUGGAAACCCUGAGUGUUGUUCCCUCGAUGUUCUUGGGGUUGCAGACGUUGAAUGCGACUCACCCACUGAGUCCCCAACUGAUGCCGCCGACUUCCAAGCCAUCUGCGCUGCCAGUGGUAAACGAGCACGAUGCUGUGUCCUUCCUGUGCUUGGACAAGCUCUUGUUUGCUUGACCCCCGUUGGCGUAUCGAACUAA